CACAGGUCUCAGUUGAUAAAGUGCUUGUCUGUGAUGCUUAUGCGAUGUAUGCCACACCCACUUUGGAUGCCGAGGGGUCUGUAGUGAGCUCCGUUAUGAAGUUUGUUACCAAGCAGCUUGCGCGGCAAAUACAUGAAGGCGUGCAGGGCUUGAAACGGGAUGCCGCUUUCGCCACCAAUAGCGUCGAUGUUGUACCAAUGCUGGCUGCAAUGGAACUGGCCCUACCCACUAUACCGUACAAUAGUGAGGCUUGUGCUCAGGUGGUUUCUCGCACCAACUACACCGUGUGUGAUGCACCCGAGUCGUACUUCUUCUUCGAUCAGUUCCAUCCCACCACAGCCGGGCAUAAGCACAUGGCGGAUGCUCUCGUAGGUCUCCUCGGCAGAUAGCCCGACUUCGCCUGUGAAUCGGAACAAAUCUCAAGCUAUUAGCAGUGUGUACGGUUGUGUGCAGGGUUCUGGUGCGAUAUCGGGUGACCGUUCGCAUGUACUGUAGGUGCUGUGUAGUGUAGUCUGUAAAGACUUGACCGUUCAGACUUGAAGUUUAAUCCAAGCAGUGGACCCAGAAUGUCAGUAGUAUACAUAGGUCGGCAUAAAUUUAAAUCUAAG